AUGAAAUUCCUCAGAUUUGUGCCACGUGUGCAACUAUGUUGUUACUGUAUCAAAUUAAAAAUAGGUUGCAUUAUUAUAGCUGCAAUACACAUCAUUUUUGUCGUUGAAUCCUUUUUAAAUGUCGGAGGAAAUGAUGAAUUCAGUAGAUGUUACACUUCUAAAACUCUAACGAGAUUGAUAAGUUAUGUUUCCCUCCUCAUUUCUGUCACAUUAAUCGCCGCCAUCGCAUAUUUACUGUAUGGUAUAUACAAAAGUAUAGCCGAACCAGUGUUGUGGUUCAUGUACAUCACAAUAGUAUUAUUACUUUACAAUAUAUUUAUUAGCCUUCUUUUAUUUACCUCCAAUAAAAGUGAGAAAGGUUGUUCUCCAGGCUACGUUUUGGGUGGUGUAACGUUGCUAGCAACACUUUUACAAGUGUACAUUUUACUAAUACUGGCCAAUUACUAUCGAGAAUUGCAACCGCCGCCGGAAUUGACUCCUUCCAAAGGAGUAAGUCCACGGGCAUCGAUUUCUAGUAAAGAUAAAGAUAAAGAUAAAGAUGAAGAUAACGACAAAGAAAAAGAUAUAGAUACAGAUACAGAUACACAUAAAGAUAAAGUUAAAAAUAAAAAUAAAGAUAAACAACGGACGUCAAUUUUAAUAAAUGAAAACAAAACCACAUCAUAA